AUGGAGGAAGAAAAGAAGGGAAACACGCUCUUCCCGAGAAAGAGAAGUUUCACUUUCGGGGCUUAUGGAAGUUUUGGCUGCGAUCACCACUCGGUGAGCUUUUCUGACUUUCUCGUUGACAGCGUGGAGCAAUCCGGGGACGAGGCAGGAGCUGACAACGCAAUGGACGUUUUGGACUCCCCAGUCUAUGCCAGCAAGCCGGUUCUCUCUGCCAGCAACAGCCAGAAGGAGACCGAACUGUUUGAGAUCAUUGAAAAACUCCAGGGUAGCAGACUUGAUGAGCAGCGAUGUGAAUUCCCUCUGCCUCUUAAGUCUCAGCUUUUGACGAUAGGUGGGGAGCUGCCGAUCAUCCUCCCGUCGAAGGUGGGACGCUACUGGAUUGACCCACCUUUGGAAACGCUCGCACACGUCAGUCCCACCCCCUCCCGUCACGGUCUCCAAGCAGACAGCUACGAACUCAUGGAAAGGGACGCCGAGGCCAAAAUCUACCACAACUUCUUCCGCUCACGGUAUCAUCAUUCAUUCACAGCGGUCGAUCCGACAUUAGGCCCACUGGUCGUGUCUGUGUGUUUGGAGGAAGAGGAGAACAGGAUGCGGGUCAUACUAAGAAUGAGAGAGGGCUCUCGACAUGGAGUUUUCUCCCUGUCGCCUUUUCACGGCAUUCCAUCUUCUGUCGAACUGGCAAAGAUGCUGUGCGACAGACUGACUGUCUCAAGGUUCGAAGCGGUCACCUACCUCAAGGCUCCAGUCCUAAUAAGUGCAUUUGAUGAACACAGAAUGUCUUCCAAUUUCAAGUUUGGUGUAUUGUACCAAAAAGAGAAUCAGUUGACCGAGGAGGACAUACUCAGUAACAAUGAGGAAAGUGAGCCGUUCACGGACUUCCUGUCAAUUUUGGGGGACACGGUUCAACUCCAAGGCUUCACCGGAUUCAGAGGCGGUCUGGAUGUGUGUCACGGCCAGACAGGAAGCGAGGCGGUCUUCACUUCCUUUCACGGCAGAGAAGUUUUGUUCCACGUGGCGACCAAACUGCCCUUCACGGAGGGCGACCCGCAGCAGCUGCAAAGAAAGCGACACAUUGGCAACGACAUCGUCGCGCUGGUCUACCAGGAAGGUCCGACUCCUUUCUUAGCAGAUGCCAUUCAGUCACACUUCCUGCACUGUUUCAUCGUGGUCCGGAGGGUUCCGAGCGGGAAGACGGACGACACGGGCCGAACUGCAUAUCAGAUUUCUGUCACAGCCAGAGAAGAUGUUCCUCUAUUUGGUCCCGUCCUUCCAGAUCCUCCAAUCUUCACAGAUCACUGCCAACUGCGAGAAUUCCUCCUGACCAAGCUCAUUAAUGCGGAGAUUUCCUGCUAUAAAGCUGAGCAGUUCAGCAGACUGGAGCUGCGCACUCGUUCAUCACUCCUGGAGAGCCUGCAGGCGGAACUCUCCACUCGUUCGCACUGCAUGCUGGGAGAUCCAUCAUCCUCCUCUCUCCCCGCUCCUGAGAGUGUUAGGGGGGUGUCCGAAGGCACCGGGGGGUUCAUUGAGAACUUUAAGAGGGCGAUGAGAGUGCGGAGUCAUUCCUUCGAGACCCUCGGCGCGCCCAAAAAAAUCAGUGGCAUCUCACCACAGAAGCCGAAGGCAGACAAAGAUGGAGAGAGUGACUGCUUUGCACCAUCUGAAGUCAAAGAUCCCGCAAGUCCUCAAGAGGAGACGUAGAAGAACUCCAGCUUGGAGAUUUUCGAUGUGACCUUUGUGUGAACCUCAUUAUCUGCGUGAACGUUUCCUGUAAAUAGAAAGUAAAGCUAGCGUUGCGGCUCGUGUAAUUAGCAUA